GAAACCCUCCGUCCAAUGAGCGACGAGUCGCCAGCUGACGCUGUUUAGCAUUUAUUGUACACAAGACUCGGACUAAGACAGACGCGAAUCACUGUGAAUCCAGAACUCAUGUGAAUUCAUCGCUCAUUUACAAACUAACCUCUUCAUAAAGAUGCAGUUCAUGCUGUUGUUCAGCAGACAAGGCAAGCUCCGUUUGCAGAAAUGGUACGUUCCUCUGUGCGAUAAGGAGAAGAAGAAGAUCACGCGGGAGCUGGUGCAGACCGUUCUGGCCCGCAAACCCAAGAUGUGCAGCUUCCUGGAGUGGAGGGACCUGAAAAUCGUGUAUAAAAGAUACGCCAGUCUGUAUUUCUGCUGUGCCAUAGAGGAUCAAGAUAACGAACUGAUCACACUGGAGAUCAUCCACCGCUACGUCGAGCUGCUCGACAAAUACUUUGGCAGCGUCUGCGAGCUGGAUAUCAUCUUUAAUUUCGAGAAGGCAUAUUUCAUCCUGGACGAGUUCCUGCUGGGAGGCGAGGCUCAGGAGACGUCGAAGAAGAACGUCCUGAAAGCCAUCGAGCAGGCGGAUCUGCUGCAGGAGAGCCAGACUGAAGACUGGGGCGGUUUGGCCAAUGAGGAGAUCUUAUAAGGGAGCGGAGUCCCGCCCACCCUGUCAGCCUAUUGGUAAUUGGUGAAGCAGAGACCCCCCGCAGCGUCCUCGAGGAGAUCGGACUCACAUAAACCCCUCCGAGACGACCGUCCCAAACACACACACACACACACGCACUGAGAGCCUGACCACUGAAGAUGUAGCAAACACACACACACACUUCACCAUGUUUCCGUGUUGGUCGUCUUUCUUUCCUCCUCAUGCCAUUGCUUUGUGAUCAGAAGAAGUUGCAGAAAUGUGUUGAGCGCUGGAUGACACAUCCUACUUUACAUCUGCUGUGACGAUCAGCGUCCCACACACACACCGUGCUGCUCGCUUCAUCAAAUACAAGAGAUCCUCUCAUCAUUUGGAGUGCGUAUAAUCAGAUAUUCCCACUUUAGACACUCAGUCUACUAUCUUAUGGUGUUUGAAAAUGUAUUACGUGGCAUAGGGAAGUUAUAUAAUUUAGAAAAUAGAGCAAAAGACACAAAAGGGAUUCAUUCAUAAAACCAAAGAGUGCUUUCUUGUGUUAAAUAGUAGAUUAAAGUUGGUAAACAUCAGACCCAAGACAUACUCCACACAAGUGUAUAAAAACAAAUGCUUUAAUGCUCAAGAGAAUAUUUAGGACCAAAUUUAAGUUUCAUGAAAUUUGGAUUGCAGAGUUUUAAUAGAAACAAACUUAUACAUUUAAUGUGGUGUAUAUUUGUAUUUGUAUGUACAUAAAUGAAAAAAGUCAGAUUUCUGCAUUCCAAAAAGAUUGCAUCUAUUUGAUUUGAUAUAAAAUCAUGUUAAUAUUGCAUGUAUAUAAAAAUCGUGUAGAAUCAGCAUAAAUC